AACGUUGCACAAGGCCCCGCACCGGGAGGCGCGAGCCCGCCCUCAAAUGCAACAUCUCGCGCCUCCCGUGUGCCCGAAAUGAGGCGAACUCGGAGCUGUUGACUCCUACUAAGCGACAUGACAUACUAUGCGUCUUAAGCUGGAGCCCGCACGACCUUUCCAGACGAGCGACGUUCACUCUGCUUGCGCGGUUGGCAUGUCGGCCUUGUCGGCCAGCCCCCCCGCAGGGGGUUGGGCACGUACGGUGGGGCGCAUGCGGAUGCAAAAGUGGUCAGUGCCGGAGCGCUAGAGCAGCCGGCAUAUGGGAAGCAGAUCAUGUGGCUGAUGUAUGAGUGCCCCGACACCCGCUUCGACGGCCUGGCCAUGCGCUUCAUGGACAUCCGCAAGCGUGUGUACGAGGUGCCGGAGCUGGGCAAGAAGGCCACCAUGGUGUGCAUCCCCACCACCUCGGGCACCGGCUCCGAGGUGACGCCCUUCUCAGUCGUCACGGACGAGCGCCUGAGCGCCAAGUACCCGCUGGCCGACUACGCGCUGACGCCCAGCAUGGCCAUCGUGGACCCCCAGCUGGUGCUCAACAUGCCCAAGAAGCUGACCGCCUGGGGCGGCAUUGACGCCCUGACGCACGCGCUGGAGAGCUACGUGUCCAUCUGCGCCACCGACUACACCAAGGGUCUAUCGCGCGAGGCGAUCAGCCUGCUGUUCAAGUACCUGCCCCGCGCCUAUGCCGACGGCUCCAACGACUACGUGGCGCGCGAGAAGGUGCACUACGCCGCCACGAUCGGCAUGGCCUUCGCCAACGCCUUCCUGGGCAUCUGCCACUCCAUGGCGCACAAGCUGGGCGCCGCCUACCACGUGCCGCAUGGCCUGGCCAACGCCGCGCUGAUCAGCCACGUCAUCCGCUACAACGCCACCGACAUGCCCGCCAAGCAGGCCGCCUUCCCCCAGUACCAGUACCCCACUGCCAAGCAGGACUACGCCGACCUGGCCAACAUGCUGGGCCUGGGCGGCAACACCACGGACGAGAAGGUGAUCAAGCUGAUUGAGGCGGUGGAGGAUCUGAAGAAGAAGGUCGACAUCCCGCCCACCAUCAAGGAGAUCUUCAAUGACCCCAAGACCGACGCCGACUUCCUGUCGCACGUGGACGCCCUGGCUGAGGACGCGUUCGACGACCAGUGCACGGGCGCCAACCCGCGCUACCCGCUGAUCGCCGACCUGAAGCAGAUCUACCUGGACGCGCACGCCGCGCCCAUCCUGCCCAUCAAGUCGCUGGUGUUCUUCUCCAAGAUCCACUAGAGCAGCUGGCGGCCCGGCCCGGCCGGCCGGCCGCGGCCUGCAGCGCCCUGUGGAGUAGCAGCGCCGCGCAAUGAGGAGGGCGGAGGAGUGAGGAUGGGGAUGAGGAGCAGGGAGCAAGCCAGCGAUUCAUGGCGUGGUGUGGUGAUGGGUGGUGCGCUGGAAGGCCCGCGCUCCUGCGCUGCUGCGUCAAGCGGCGGGCCCAGGAGCGCUGUUUGCGCAGCGGAGUGACCGUCUGGCACAUUGGGCCGCGCGGCAUGGUAGCACAGCCACACCGCCACCACCACCACCAUCCGGUGUACAGAGCGGCGCGCAAUGGAUGUAUCGACGGGGACAUUUGCGCACCACACUGCGCCGUGUGUGCAGAUGUAUGCCCUACGACUUGUUGUUGAGUGAGACGGGUUUCGAGGACGGGCGGGGUGUUUGAAGCGUGGCACAUGCCGCCGCCCCGCCGGCGUUGGCUUCCCCGCAUGUGCACUUGCUCUGCUUGUCGUUUGGUAGCGUUCGUGUACAGCAUUGCUUUCGCAGCAUCAUGUGAGUGUGGUGCGUAGAUAGGCGCGUCUGCAGGGCGGGGGGGUAGCCGUCCAUGCGGACGGUAUGGGUCAAUUUUGAUACGAAGUGCUGAUGCCCCGGCGUGUACCCUGCUCUAAACGUCAGCGGCGAAGGAGGGGCAGCGGAAUGCACGCUUGUCGCUCGAAACCACACCAACAUGCAUGCAUGCGCAUGCCAGCUUUCGCUUGUCAUCGCCGCAUGCAUCAGGCGCAACUUGUUCCCCUAAGCAGU